AACAGUAUAGUUUAUAGGUGUACCUCGAGGGGAGACAAGAUUGUUGGCCUCUGCUGCCCUUUGCGCUCGCUCCCUGCCCUUUCUAGUUCUUCUCUCUUUUUGGUUUUUUAUUGAUUUCAGUGUUCUCUGCAGAAAAAAGAAAAAAGAGUUUUAGAGUUUAGAUUCAGACCGACAAAUCUGAAGCUAUUCGGCCAAUUUAACUUGAAGAAGCAGGUUUCCUCUUGGGUGUUUUCUCCAAUUUUGAAGAAGCAACCUCCAGAAGUUUAAGCAAAGUUUUGAAGUUGGGAACUUAAGAAGAUCAAGCAAUCUUCAUAAUUGGAAUCUUUUAUAGAAAUUAUCAGGAAUCCUCGAAAGACAUGAGUGUUUUAUACAGCUCUAAUUUCAAGUUUCCAGAUGGAGAAUUGAGAAAGAAGCAAGAAUUCACGGAUUCAAGUUACUAUCUUGAGCAAAAUCACCAGCAUAAUUCUGGUCUAAUGCGCUAUCGCUCGGCGCCAGGCUCAUUCCUUGAGAACCUUGUGAAUGGUAGUGUCACCGCAAGUGCCACCGGAUUCGAAGAUUAUCGCGGUGUCCGAUCUUCAACUCCUGAAAUGGAAACAUUCUUUAUGGUGUCUUGUAAUGGUUCGGGUAAUUCCAGUUGUCAUGAUGUGCAAGAAUAUGGAGAGAAAUCUGUGAAGCAAGAAGAGUCGCAGCCUAUUUCUCAACAGAAUGGAUGUUCUAAUAGUUCAGAAAUAAUGUAUCAAAGCUUACCAGUGCAUAGUUUGGCAAAUGAUAAUACAGUUAGUGUUGCUAAUAGCAUGGAGAGUUCAUUUGGUCUUAGUAGCUCUUUGGGAUUGGAGAAUUCGAUGCAAGCAAAGCCGGGUAAUGAAAAUGGCUGCAAUCUUGUUAGGCAAAGCAGCUCCCCCGCAGAAUUUUUCUCCAACCUUGGCGUAGAUAAUGGUUUUAAUGUAAUCGGAAAAGCGAGCACUUUCCGGGCUUGCGAUGGUACUAAUGAUGAAACUACAGCCACCGGUAGUGGUAGGUUGUAUAAUAAUCAUAUCAGCUUCUCCUCUGGGCCAUCUUCAUGUUCAAGGCAUAUGCCUCGAAUCCCUGAAGUUGAGAGUGAAAGCAUGGGAUUGAGUGGUCCUGAGACUGGAAGCUUGGGCAAUGGUAAUGGUAGCAAUGGGCACUUCGUGUCAAACUUGGGGACCGAUUCUUGGAAUAAUGCUUCACUCAGUGGCCUGAAGAGAGCGAGAGAAAGUGAUGGGGACUUAUUUCGUAAUUUAAGCAGAUCACAAACUCAGGAUUACAGCGACCGUUCUACUGCUUUGAGACACCAUUUGAGUUUGCCUAGGACUUGUGCGGAGAUGGCUGUUGUAGAGAAGCUUUGGCAGUUUCAAGGCUCGGUCCCUUGCAAGAUUCGAGCCAAAAGAGGUUGUGCUACUCACCCACGGAGCAUUGCUGAGAGGGUGAGAAGAACAAGGAUUAGUGAAAGAAUGAGGAAACUGCAAGGUCUUUUCCCGAACAUGGAGAAGCAAACAAAUACAGCAGAUAUGUUAGAUAUGGCAGUUGAGUACAUUAAAGAUCUUCAGAAGCAGGUCAAGACACUCACGGAUGCUAAAGCAAAGUGCACGUGUUCUAGUAAACAGAAACACUACUCAAACCUUUCUACCUGAUUAGUUUCUGUACAGACAGCGAUAGUUGAGAAGGGGGAGAAAGUUGGUAACUAGUCAUUUGUAGCGCAUUGGAGAAAUAAUAGAAAUGUUGAGAGCUUGUGCAUGUAAAGUAGGUUGCAGCUGUAACCUUGGUGUAAGACCCUGAUCCAGAUCCUGUAGGCUGAUAUCUUAUUGAUUAAUGUAUUCACUUUCAAGUCUCUCAAUAAUAUAUAUAGUUUAUUCUGUAA